UCUGUUAAUCGAAUUUGUGGAGUUUGGUUAUUUUCUUUAAGGCUUGGUAGUCAUAUUUUAAGUAAAGCGAAUGGGAGUUUGUACAACUAAUUAAAUUAAUUUUUUUUUUUCUUUUUACUCGUACUACGUCGAAGCAAGUGAAAAGUAACACAAUAAAGAAAAAACGGAAGUUAUAUAGUAUAUGGCGAGUGCUUUGUCUUACGCUGCGAACUUCUCUUAAUUGCCCUUUGAACGGUUGGUAGCAUCAAUUUACGCAGCUGUUAGCGAGAUCAACAUAAACAAUCACACCAGAAAACUAGAAUCAGCUCGGUAGCAAAAGGACUGAUAAUAUUCGAUGUGAAAUUAAUACUAUAAGUAUUUAAGUUGGCAACCAGAGUAGAAUAAAUAAGUUUCGAUAGAUGCGGAACUCAUGAAAAGCAAUAAAAAUCAAAAUAAAAUACAUAUUUGCUGGCAUAGGAACAACUACAAACGAAACAGCAUUCUCUCUAUAAUAGCCCAUGUGCUAUAUUAAUCGUGAUUUUGUGCUGGUAUUGUAACAUUAAUUGUGGCGUAUUUUGUUGUGCUUCGUUACACGAUCAGUAGUAAAUCAAAUUUAAAAUAAUCAAAAUUCUGCAAGAGAAAAACUGGUUGUCGGUGAUAAAAAAGCUUCAACUUAUUAGAAUUAUUUCAUAUUCAGUACAUAAAUAGUGACAACCGGGAAUAGCUUGUUUCCCAAAUUAAAAAAUAUAUUUCACGUAUUUGGAAGCAAUUCUUGCAUACCGCGAUAAUGUCCACUGCUAUUGUCCAACAGAAAACCACAAACAAUGCUUCUUUAAUAUAUUUGGAAUGUAGCGAUGUUUUCAAUGGGAGCCAACCGAAUGAUCAACAGCAGCUCCCUCGCUCAAAUCGGUCCUUCAACAACAAUGAUGAUAGAAUUGUUUCAGAAAUGACAGAUUUUGAUAAACCAGUGGAACAAAAGGUGAGGCUUGACCUCAAAAAAGAUUCGGACCAAUGCCGCCCCCAUUCUGCUUUGACUAGGACGAUUUCGCAGCCUCAGCCCCAUGAGGCAAAUGUAGAAACCUUUGUGACAAAUUUAUUGGAAAAUUUUGGAAAUAUGAAUUUACAUCGUAAACUAGAAAGAACACAAUCUGAACCUUUACCACAACAAGUCAAUACAUCCAGGUAUAAAACUGAACUUUGUCGCCCAUUUGAAGAAGCCGGUGAAUGCAAGUAUGGAGAAAAAUGCCAGUUUGCACAUGGAUAUCAUGAGUUACGAAACCUACAAAGACACCCAAAGUACAAAACUGAAUAUUGUCGCACAUUCCACAGCGUUGGUUUUUGUCCUUAUGGCCCUCGAUGUCAUUUUGUACAUAACGCGGAUGAGGCCAGAGCUUUACAACAAAUCCAGCAGCAGCAGCAGCAACAACAGCAACAACAACAAACAAAAUUGCAAAAUCAUUCCAGUUUUCAUAACUGCAUCACAAAUUAUCCAUUGCAGCCUAAAACAGAAAAAAACGCAGCUAAUAUUAAUAAAUCGCUUCCAUUAAGUCCUCCUUUGAGUAUGUCGACGGGCUCUGAUCGGGAAUCACCAACUGGCUCCAUAUCAUUAAGUCCUACUAGCUCAAUGACUAAUUUUACAUUUGCUGAUCAAGUUAGCCCGGCCAAUUCGGUUUUCCAGAACAACUCAUUUCCUUACUUAAAUACACCCCCAGCAAGCCCAAAUGCUCCCAUAUCCCCAGUGAAUACGCCACCACCUAACGUUAUAUUGAGUUCAAUUCAAUCCCAGACAUCGUUGUACAUAAAACCUGUUUCCAUACCGGGCAAACAGCUAUUACAUAAAAGUUCAAGUUCUCCAAUUGCUAUAAUAAGGAAUGUCAAUAAAAUUCCAACGAAAGUUAAUUCGGUUUCGUCCCUUAAUAGCGGGGAAGAGGCACGUCUGCCAGUUUUCAACAGAUUGAGCUCAACUAUUGAAAAGUUUCCUAAUAACAAAGCUUUAUAAUUUGACGAAAUCUCAGUUU